GAAUUUAUCCGCACUUGAAGAACACCAUCAUAACUGACACCACACCAUUUGAGAAUGUAAUUUGCGCCGCCAACGCAUCAAUCUUCUUCAACAAUAACAUCACGACAAACAUAAUGCAUAGCUCGAAGAUCGUGGAUGCUAAGAAGAAGCCAAAACUAGUGGAUGGAAACAUCUUCCACAUUCUUCUGAUGAAGAAAGCCAUCUUCAGUUCUGAUUCUGUUAUGGCAAUUCAGAUAUUUCAUCACAAUAUCACCACAUUUUCCAGCGAAAGUUUCUCAAUUUCAGGAAAAUUUAGAUACAUCAGUAAAGAUCUUUAUCGCACAACCGGAAAUCUUCUGUCCACAACGUACUGUGAUUACCAGUUUUUGCCACAUUCUGCAACUUUUGCGAGAGAGAACAAAUAUGAAAAUGCAAUGUUCAGAAACUUUUACUCACCAAGAUUCCCAGCGAAAUAUCCUAGUCACGUAAAAUGUGUAUAUAAAUUCAUAGGACGCCCUCAAAAUAGAGUUGAAAUCAUCUUCGAUGGAAUCGUUCUUCAGAAAGACAAUCGAAGCUGCAUAAAUCAUCUGGAUAAAAUAACAGUGUAUGACAGCAAAACUCUCAAUAAAUCCACGACAAUCGACGUGUUUUGUGAAGUAAAGUGGAAUAAGAGAAUCCUGAGCACUGGCCCAUACUUACUAAUAGAAUUUGAGACAAGUUCAAACUAUUCAUCUUAUGGUUUCAGUGCAAAGUACAGGUUUAUUGAGCUUGAAGAGAAAAUCCAUGAAAAAACCAGCGUGUUAAGUAAGGAAGAAGGAAUAAUUGUGAGAAUCAAGAACAUGAAACAUCCUAUUUUUUCAGACAAGCAACAUUAUUUGAAGACAACUAUGCAACCAAUAAUUACAACAGCUGAAAAUUUCAUUACCCAUCAGCAUAAGACACUUUCCAAUGUUAAAUCGUACGGAUCCAAUUGUGAUGAAGUGCUUCAGUCAUCAGUAUCUUCACAGGGAACAAUUCAGUCCCCUUUAUAUCUAGGAUCGUACUCUAGUAAAACCCUUUGUCGCUACGAAUUUCAUGGCAGAGACCAAGAGAAGGUUCAAAUAUCUUUCAGUGAGUUCAAUUUCCCGCCAAGAAAGGGCAAAGAAUGCGAAGAAAAUGAUAUUAUUCAGAUUUAUGAGCCAAUAGCAAACCACUUCGAGCUUAUUGACACACUUUGUGGAGGAAUAAUGCCCAAACCAAUCAUGUCCAGAGGUUCUGUGAUACUGCUGGAGUUUCAGGGAACACAUCUCAGCAACAAAAACAAGGGAUUCAAAGCUGAUUACGUGUUCUUAACGAAUUUCGGCAUAGCAACAGGACAUCAGCUUCAGGACCAUUCUUGCUCCUUUGUCUACAACAGCACUGACAUGAAAAGUGGCUGGUUCAACUCUCCUAAUUUUCCGGGCUCUUAUCCAAGGAAUAUUGAGUGCUACUACUAUUUCUACGGAGCCCCAAUGGAGAAGAUCGCCAUAAGAUUCACGUACUUUGACGUAGAAGGAAUCUAUCCUUGUCACAUGGAUUCGGCCAGUGAUUAUCUAGAGUUCUCGAAUUUUGCGAGUCAAGAUCGAAAGUAUACAAGGUUUUGUGGGCAGAUAAAAGGGUUCACGAUUAAGUCUGAUGGGAACUAUUUCCGAAUUCUCUUUAAAUCGAAUGAUUUACUGGAUGGAACAGGGUUUAAAGGGUUUUAUAUUUUUGAAACUGAAAAGCCAACCACAGAAAUCAGCAUGGAAGAUGAUUCUAGAGCUUGCAGAUUAAACUUAAAUUGGAGUUUGAAGUGUUUUAUCAUUUUUUACAUUAUAAAAAUGCAAUUAAUGUUGUAG